AUGAAAGCUGUUGCGGUCAAAGAUGGCAAAGGUCCAUUGGAAAAUCUUCACAUCACAGAGAUCGAACGUCCGAUACCCAAUGGAUCGCAAGCUCUAGUGAAGGUCAAGGCAUUCGGCCUAAAUCGUAUGGAUAUCCUCCAGAGAGAGGGAAAGUAUCCUGUCCCACCUCAGGCACCAAAGACAUUGGGAGUCGAAUUCAGCGGAACGAUCGAAGAGCUGGCUGAAGGAAGCGAGAGAGGGUUCAAGAAAGGAGAUGAGGUGUUUGGACUUGCUUAUGGCGGAGCAUAUGCUGAGUACAUUGCUGUCAGCACGCAUAUGCUAGUUCACAAGCCGAAGGAGUUGAGCUUUGAAGAAGUUGCUGGAGUGCCGGAGGUGUACAUCACGGCAAUACAGGCAAUGUACUUGAUUGGCGAAUACGAGCCCGGCAAGAGCAUUCUUUGGCAUGCUGGUGCGUCCAGUGUUAGCAUUGCGGGCCAGCAACUCAGCAGAGAGAACGGAGCGUCCAAAAUAUUUGCCACAGCACGCUCAGAUGCCAAAGUCCAAUUUUGCAAGGAGAAGCUUGGUAGCACUGCUGCUUACAACACGACAACAACGAAGUGGGAUGAGGAGGUUUUGAAAGCUACCGAUGGGAAGGGCGUGGAUAUCAUCGUUGACUUCAUCGGCCCCGACACAUUCGCAGCGAACUUGAAUGCUAUUGCUAAGGAUGGUCGUAUUGUCAACUUGGCGACACUAAGUGGGAUGAAUCUCAAGGACACCAACGCCAACUUUGGUGCAUUCGUUGCGAAGCGAGUGCGCUACGAAGGCAGCAGCUUGCGCAGUCGCGACGAGGCAUACCAAGGCAAGCUUAGAGAUCACUUGGUUGAGCAUGCUCUUCCUAUGUUCGUUUCAGGGAAGAUCAAGUCCGUGAUCGAGAAGGUGUACCCAUGGGAGCAGAUCCAAGAGGCACACAAGAAGAUGGAGGCAAAUGAUACCAUGGGCAAGCUGAUUUGCACAAUUUCAUGA